UCAUCGCGAACAGGACGUACGCGGUGACGAUAUUGUACGCCAGCAAAAUGAGAACUGAUGAGACCGGAUUGAAUACGAAGCCGUACCGGGAGGGCAAUACGACCAAGUGGUUGGCUAUAAUGAAUUUGGAGCCGGUGUACGCGAGGCGAGCUUUUCCGUGUUACGACGAGCCUGCGUACAAAGCCGUCUUCAACAUAUCCGUGAUGAAAAAAACGAACCAGAUCGCAUUGUCCAACAUGCCAAUCCGGAAUAUCGAAGUUCUCAAUGGUGACGUGGAAGUGGUAUUCUUCGAGAACACUCCGCGGAUGUCGACCUACAUGGUAAACCUUUUCGUGGGCGAGUUCGUGCCGAAUACAAACGGUUCGAACGUGACGGUCUACACGCAAAAGCUGUUCGCGGCCCGGAGGAAACUCAUCCAGACCGAAGCCCCGAAAUACCUCCAGGCGAUGUCGGAUUACACGGGCGUCAGGUACACCCUGCCGAAGUUGGAUCUGUUGUUCGCACCAUGCCGCGUUUGCUACGCGAUGGAGUCCUGGGGUCUGAACGUUAUUCCGGAAAGCUUAGCCAUAUCAAAGAACACUAAAUCGAUGGCGAUGAGCGAGUUAUUCGUCUUGCAGCAUGAAAUCGCGCACCAGUGGUUCGGUAACCUGAUCACAUGCAAGUGGUGGGACUAUUUGUGGCUGAAAGAGGGUUUUGCCACGUAUUUCGAGUAUUUCGCCAUUAAAAUGGUGAACACGGCUUGGCCGAUGGAAGAACUUUUCGUGGUCGAGAUACACCAAAAUGCGUUGUCAUACGAUCAACGCGUUGAUCGACCGUUAACCUCGCCGGCGAACAGCCCUAAAGAAAUCGAAAACCAAUUCGACUUGGCAACGUACAGGAAGUCGGCGUCACUUUUGAGAUCACUAAGAUAUUUAGUAACCGAAAAAUUGUUCCAGUUGUCCAUUCGAAAUUAUUUAUCCGCUAUAAGAAACAGUGUGGUAGAACCAAAUGACUUAUUUGCAUCUUUUGAUAAAGUUUUAUAUGAAAAUAACUAUAAUAUCGGCAAUGGAUUGACAGUCAACGAGUUUAUGUCCAAUUGGACGUUACAGUCGGGAUACCCUGUGCUACAGAUAACAAAAAAUGAUACUUCAAACACACUCUCAGUGAUUCAAAGUCGGUUCGUCAUUCACCCGGUAAUUAAAGAAAACUCUUCUUCGGCAUGGAACAUUGGUCUCACGUUCACGACUGAACUGAGCAAAGAUUUCAAUUACAUGCAACCGCGUUUUUGGUCGAACAAAACAUCAAAAAUUACCGUAAUACCCGUCCCACGGAAUUCAGGAUGGUACAUAUUCAACACACAAUCAAUCGGUUUCUACAGGGUAAACUACGACAUGGUUAACUGGAUGGCUCUGAUUAAGCAACUUCACGAAGCACCUGCGGAGAUACACGUGUUGAACCGCGCGCAGUUGAUAGACGACGCGUUCAAUUUGGCGGGCGCGGGCCAGUUGGACUAUUCGGUUCCGUUACACCUUGCCGAAUACUUGCAAAAUGAGAACAGUACAAUACCGUGGUAUUCGGCUUUGAGGUGUUUUUCGACCGCGAAGUCAAAUCAUAUCCUAAAAAAAUCCGAAAAUUUAUGGACUCGCUUCGGUAAACUGAUUGGAAACGUAAAUAGAAAACUCAAAGAGCUCAUCUUGAACGGACGAAUUGUCGAAUCCCACGUGAUAGACGAAUCGAAUUUGAUACUGGCAUGGAUGUGUAAAGUCGACCAAAGGUUUUGUUCAACCAAUCCAUUGCAAUAUUUCGAAGAAUGAUGAACAGAGUACCAGCCGUCGACAACAACGUGACGGCGAUCGGCGUAAUAUGAACAAAAACAGCUUCGGUAUAACAAUAACAAUCGAAAGUUCAACUUGACUUGGAAAAAUCGAUUUACACCAUAUCAGAUUCACUCAAUCGACUUGAUCGAUUUCACAUGAUAUAUGUUCGUUCUACAUAUACGCCGAUCG